AGGGUAGGUACAAUCAGGGUCUACAUGGCCACCAUUUCGGCCAGCCACGCCCCUAUUGAUAGAGCCUCUGUGGGGGCAACAUCCUCUAAUUUUCUCUGGUCCUGGUAGGUCUGUCAGGUGCCGCAUUUGAGCCCUUAGGGUCAGCCUCUGACAGGCUUCUGACUCUAAAGGUAGCUCUUCUGCUGACCCUAACAUCUCUCAAGCGAGUAGGAGAGUGUGAGGGAAAUUACUAAUUUUUACUUUGUAAUAAUUUUGUUCUUGUUCUGUUCAUGUUCAUCAGAGGAUAACGCCUAAGAAGGCCAUGUCAUGUCACUGAGAGCAGUACAGAAUGUUUAUCUGCUUACAGAGACACAAACAUGUUCUUCUGUUCAAGGUUCAUCUGCACAUCUUCUAAGUGUUACGCCACGGCUGGCAGAUGGCACUGCGAUGCAGCUUCAGACUACACACAUGACUCUUGUUUUGAAUACUGCGCCUGAGCAAUGGAAGUAGCAGGAGAACCCCGAGUCGGAAAGUUUCUUUACUUCUGGAACUUCCCGACAAUGGAGGAAUACUACGCCUGGCAGCGCAAGCAGCAGGAGGAGCACCAAGCUGCGGUAAGGAGGCAGCAGGUCGAGUAUGAAGCUGCACUAUGGAGGCAGCAGCAGGAUUUGCGGUGGAAGCAGCGGAUGGAAGAAGCAGAUCGGCUGCUCCGCGGCAUGGAGGAAGCGCUUCGCCCUCGUCUCGUGGAGCGGAACAACGCUCCACCUUGCUGCCGUACGGAAGAUCCAGUCACGCUGCCCAGGCCGGAACUGAAGGCCAGCCCAGAACUUUUUUUGAGGGGGGCAAUGGGGACAGCAGAGCUCCAGCCUGAGGCCUAUGGGGAGGCCUCAGCUGUGGAGCUCCCGCCUGAGGUCAACAUGGCAACCUCAGAGCUACAGCUUGAGGCCUGUGGGGACGUCUCAGCUGUGGAGCUCCUGCCCGCCGAAGAAGCUGUCCCGCUGCCCUGCCCGGCCGAGGAGGCCGUCCCGCUGCCCUGCCCGGCCGAGGAGGCCAUCCCGCUGCCCUGCCCAGCCGAGGAGGCCGUCCUCCUGCCCUGCCCAGCUGAGGAAGCUGUCCUGCCGUCAAGUGCUGCCGGGGGUGGUGCCCAGUGUUCCAACGCCGUUGGGGGUGGUGCCCCGCCAGUCUGCUGCCCGGCGGAGGCCUCCUCAUUUUCCGUGGCAGCGAGAGACAGCUUUCCCAGGGGCCCAGGACCCCCGUUGGAAGGGGGUUGUUGGGGCUCCGGGAGGAGCGCCUUUGGAGGGGGGUUCUGUUAUGCCACGGCUGGCAGAUGGCACUGCGACGCAGCUUCGGACUAUACACGUGACACUUGUUUUGGUUCGUUCGCUUCCUGUUUAGACAUUGGCUUAUGUGCGAGGGUGUAGCUUGAUUUGAGCCAGGUGUCUGUGUUUAGUUUAAUCAUGUAGGCUAUUUAAACCCCUUGUGUGGCUGCGCACUUCGCGCAGUAUUAUUAGUUGUAACGUUCUUAAUGUUUAGCGCGUAUAGCUAUAGCGCCGUGUGUUAGUGCAGUAGCUAAUGCGUGUAGCAUGCUAACGGUCUCAUGUCCCUGUUCUGUUCUCGAGUAAAGUCUAGACUAUAGUCCCAUGUUUGAUCCAGAUAGUCCUGUCCAACAUAGACCGCGUUUCUUGUGUUUGUUUGUUUAUUAAUAAAGACAGCGCUCCUGCGCUUACCUCCUGCCAACUGUCCUGUGUAUUGUUACACUAAGACCCUAAAACAAAGCCUGUUUGUACUGCUCUGCCAAGUGUGUCAUGCUCUGCCUUUCAUAUAUAUAUAUCACAUAUAUAUACUCUCAUUAUUCUAUCCUGCU